GGACAAGCAGCAUCGGACUGACAUUGAAAGUGAACUGCAUGAUCAGCUUCCCUGGAAACUCCUGAGAACCCAGAAAAGAAAGAAUGCUGGAGCUUGUCCUACAUGAAGAAAGGACGGAUCUGUGAUUUCUGCAAUACUUUCAUUGCUCUCUGGGCAUUACAAGACAAGAGGAGACUCUACUUUGUUCUAAGUCCCAGCUUUGUGAAUACAAGAAGUCUGCAGAUGUCUCACCAAGGAAUGCAAGUCUAGUCAUAUAUAUUGGAGAAGGAACCUCGGCUACCGGAGCGCCAUUUGAACAUCAAACCUGACAUCUAGUGUUAAUUUCAAGGAACUACACCAACUACGACUGCCAGUAUGAUGGCUCAUAACGACACCAUCGAUGUUACUAUUUUAUUGCAUUAUAAUUACACGGGGAAGUACAAGCACCCUCCUAAGAAUGGUCUGAAGUCAAGCUCUAUUAUAUUUAUAAUUAUCUGCUGCUUCAUUAUAUUGGAGAACAUUCUUGUACUCUUGACUAUCUGGCGAACCAAGAAGUUCCAUCGUCCAAUGUAUUACUUUAUUGGAAACUUGGCCCUUUCGGAUUUAUUAGCUGGAGCUGCUUACACAGCCAACAUCCUUCUGUCUGGGGCGAAUACAUUCAGGUUGACGCCAAUUCAAUGGUUUAUACGGGAAGGAAGUAUGUUUGUUGCUCUCUCUGCCUCGGUCUUCAGCCUCUUGGCAAUUGCUACUGAGCGCUACAUCACCAUGUUGAAGAUGAAGUUGCACAAUGGUAGCAAAAGCUCAAGAUCUUUCCUUCUGAUUAGUGGCUGCUGGCUUCUGUCUUUGUGCCUUGGAGGUCUACCAAUUAUGGGCUGGAACUGUUUGAAAGACAUGGAAUAUUGUUCCACAGUCCUUCCCUUGUAUCAUAAACAUUAUAUUUUCUUCUGUACCUCCAUUUUCUGCAUAUUAUUGAUGGCUAUUGUUGUUCUAUAUGCCAGGAUCUACUUCUUGGUAAGAACACGAAGUAGAAGCCUGACCUUUAGGAAAAACUGUGCCAGAACCAGUCGGAGUUCAGAGAAGUCCAUGGCACUGCUUAAAACAGUUAUUAUUGUUUUAAGUGUCUUCAUUUUAUGUUGGUCACCACUUUUUGUUUUCCUCCUAUUGGAUUUUGGAUGUCAAGUAAAAGCUUGUGAGGUUCUUUUUAAGGCUGAAUACUUCUUGUCUCUUGCAGUUCUUAACUCUGCCACAAAUCCCAUCAUUUACACCCUGACCAAUAGGGAGAUGAGACGGGCCUUCCUAAAAAUGGCAAUCUGUUGCCAUGGCUCCAUUCUGAACGCAGGUGCAAAAGUUAAAAGGCCAAUUAUUACAGGAAUGGAGUUCAGCCGAAGCAAGUCGGACAAUUCUUCUCACCCACAAAAGGACGAGGUGGACUACCCAGUAACCCUUAUGUCCUCUGGCAAUAUGACUUCCUCCUCCUAACACAUGGACAGCAGACUUGAGUUUGAUAAGCUCCUGUAAGUGGGCAUAGCCACCUAAUGGAAUAUCUCCUUACCCCCUGGAAAAUGCUAAGGACUAGUAAAGUC